AUGGUGAAAUCCAACAUCGACCAGCCCCCGCUCACUCCAAUCUUGACUUCUAAACGCAAGAAGGAAGAAAGUGAAGAUGUACCAGCGGCCAAGAAGCAGAGAACCCGAGUCAGCUUCUCGUGCGGUGAAUGCCACCGUCGCAAACAAAAGUGUGAUAGGAAGACACCGUGCUCUCAUUGCCUAGCCCGCAAAGUUCCAGAAUUAUGCCAGCCAUAUACCCCGGGCAAGACAGAUCAGGACCUCAGUGCGAGACUAUCCAGGUUGGAACAUAUCAUCGAGAUGGCCCUGCCUCAAUAUUGCACAUCAAAUGCUACCACCCCCUCGGCGUCCAAUCAUGCCGGCCACAUCGAAACAAGACGGUCUUCUUCCGUAGGCGACGAUGAUGUACAUUCGCAAGCUGACGAGCAAGAUUCGAUUGGGGGGACAUUUCAUAGCGGACGAUGGUUUGGCAAUAGUGCAUCGGGCAGUCUUGCGCCGGCCCCCGUCCUUGAAUUGCUGGAUCACGUUGUUGUCCGUUCAUCACAACGAGACGACUCAAAUAACAAUGGGAAAAUCAUCCAAUCCUCCGGAAAUAUCUCUGAUGGUGUUGCAAACGGUCCGGCCGCCAUUAUCGACGCGCAGGCGGAACCCUCACCCGCCGAUAACCUCAAGAACUUGGUUCAGGAAUGUGGCGUAUCCCCUCAUAAGAUAUCCGAACUAUUGCAAGAACUCCCCCCUUCACGGAUAUCCGACGUCCUGAUAGACUUCUACUUCGACUCCAUAAAUUGGACUCGAUAUCCUAUAUCCGAGAAAGACUUUCGAACAGCCUAUAAUUUCGUUCGUGCGCAUGGUGCUGACGGAAUCGGAGCAGCGAACCCAAACGACGUCCGAUUCCUUCCCCUCCUCUUUGUCGUUCUCGCUAUCUCCGUGAGGCUGGCACCCGAAAGCAUUGGUGGGGACGCUCGCCAUAGACGGGUGACGUCGCUGCGAUAUUACUGGUCUUCUCGCAGAUCCCUCCUUAUCGCUGCUGCCAUACAGCCCGACUCCCUGGAUAUCGUCCUAACUCGGCUACUUAGUGCACGAUUUCUGACUUUCGACCGACGCAUUACCGAAUGCUGGAGUCAACUUGGUGCUGCCGUAUGUACAGCACAAGCACUGGGCCUCCAUCGUGACGGGUCGACUUUUCGGGGAAUGGACUCGACGCAAGUUGAAUAUCGACGUCGAAUAUGGUCUUAUCUGUACCAUGCUGACCGUUCAUAUGCCCUGGUUCUUGGUCGUCCAAACAAUAUACAAGACGACUAUACGUCUUCGAAGCCACCUUCGAACAUCGAUGAUGUGCUUCCUGUCGCCCGUAUCCUCAAUGCCACUCCCUUAUCGUCGCCCACCCCAAUGACUUUCGUCAUCCUCCGACACCAACUAGCAUCCAUAAUAGGACGCAUGGUACACCACUUCCAGCAGGUCCGCCACCCCAGCCACUACCACGAGGUUAUCACACUAGACGGCGAACUGACCAACUUCAUCGAAAAUCUCCCUCCUCACUUCUCUUUCAAGCCCGAUAAAUCCCUGGACGCUUCCAUGAAAUUUAUACCUGUCCAUCGUUUCCUUUUGAUCACGGAGGUUCUAUUCGUUCGCAUAAGCCUACAUAGGCCAUACCUCCUACGACGACUACGCUCAGAACGCUACAACCCGUCCCGUACGGCAUGUUUUGAGUCUGCUAUCAAAGACUUCCAAGUGCGACAAGCGUUCCGAGAAAAAAUGCCCAAGGAAACACAAAACUCGUUGAGCAAUGCUUAUAGGGAGUUCCAAACGGCUAUGAUCAGCGGGAUAUACCUGGUUCUGCAACCUCGAGGCCGCGAUGCGGUGCAAAUGCAUUCCAUAUUAGAUGGGUUCCUCAAAGACCACGAGGGCAUUCCCGACAUGGAUGAGACCACUCGACGGGAACUGAAGACGAUAGAAUUCCUGAAGAUCAAGGCCUCUCAAGCGGAUAAUCAGGAGUCCACACGUUCCCGUACAAUCAUUACGAAUGGUUCCGAGCAAGCUCAAAUGUUGCUGGAUUUGCAGCAAUCGUCGAACGGACAUCCACACACGCCCAAAACAGCGUUCACAAAUGCAGCGAAUGCAUCAACAACUCCUCAAACAUCACCCAAUCUAUCGUAUUCUAGUGCUAAUAUAGUACAUUCGCCCACAUUUCAAAGGCUACAGCAUGCGGAAUAUCCUCUUUCCCCUGCCGGCUCAGGAAGUCCCAGCGCAGACGACGAAUCAGCUGCGCAGUCCUUGCUGGACCACUGGUGUAACACAAUUAGCAAUGGGCCUGCGAUGGAUGGUAUGGGGGGCACCAUGGCUUGGCCCACACCCGGCCCCGCGGAUUUCACUGCCUGGAGUGGAACACCUCAAAGUUUGGUUGGUACGCCCGAUUCGAGAGGGUUGGAUGCGUCAGAUUGGACCUAUUGGGAAACACUGGUCAAUCAGAUUCGCGCUCCUGGUUCGUAG